UUGCCCAUAAACAUGGCAACAGCGACCCAGCCCAGCAUAAACUGGAUGCUGAAAAAUAUUGGGCAGCAGGAGAGGAAAUUGAAGCUCCAAAAGUCUCAGAGUCCCUUGCCUCUCUAACAGCAAAACUAGCGCAGGGCGAAGCAUCUACAAAAGAAAUCAUUGAGAAUGGUAAGAAGUGGAUGGGCGAGGAAGUCAUGUUGGCUUUUGAGAAGUACAAAGAAGGAAAGAAGCAAUUCAAAGACAUGUUGCAUUUCUUCGAUAAGAUUCAACACCAGUGCUUCAGUGUGGAGAGCUACAACCAUAUAUUUCAUCACUUCAACUUUACUGUGAAGACAAAAAAGAUUUCGGACUAUCAUUGGUCAUUGAUAUCUUUUUUCGCUGAAGUGAAGGAGCUAUAUGGAAGGAAGUACUAUUCAUGUUACGAGCUAAGUUCAUAUGAUGAUGGUCACUGCUACGCUUGCCAGAAUCAAGGGAUGCAUGCACUGCAGCACCCUAUUUUGGGGCUUGGGUAUGAGGGUGGCCAUGCUGCUAUGGGGCCCCCCUUCGUUUAUCUUGAAGAUGAUGAUUACUUUGAUUGAGUGAUGAUGGUCUAUGAUGUUGAGGGGACUUGACAUACAAUGCGUCAAAGUAGGAAGAUUUGGUGCUCCGAAUUUGGUUAUGAUAUACAUACUAAUUAUGUUGUGUAUGCCAAUCUCCUAAACUUAUUUUGUGGUUUUUCUUAAACUUUACCGUGGUGAUAUGGGUCUGGGUGCAAUACAAGCCGUAGUUGAACCAAGGAUGUACAUUGUGCUUGUCCUCGACAUGCAUAACAUGAUUGUUGAGAAUGAGUGUAGAAAUUUUGUAGACUAUGGCAUCUAUGACUUGAUGGGACAACCGGUGUGGCCGCGUAGAUGUGGAGACUGAAUCCGGCGCUUUCUUGAUGUGUACCAUAACAUUCGAGAUUUAGAUAUGCAUGCAGAUAUUUAAAAGAAUCUCAUUGAGUAGUGGUGGAUAUAGAAUGUCCACCAAAACCACUAGUUUUAUCUCUAUGUCUCAUGCUGUAUGUGAUUAAA